AUGGCACGUCUAGCCAAGAAAUGGACAGCAGAGGAGGAUGACACGUUACGUCGGGAGGUGGAAUCACAGCCGUCCGGCUCAGAAGUGCGGGAUUGGUGCCACAUUGCAGAAAAGCUUCCCGGACGAACGAACAAAGAUUGUCGCAAACGAUGGCACAACACGAUGGCAGGGGAAUUCCGCAAGGGCCUGUGGGCCAAGCAGGAGGACGAACAACUGAAGAAGGCCAUUGCCAAGCACGGGACAAGAUGGACUGUCGUCGCGAGUGUUGUGAAAACACGCAGUGCGGAGCAAUGCGCGAAGCGUUGGCAACAUUCGCUGAACCCCGACCUGGAUCGCAGCGAGUGGACCGAAAGCGAGCAGGAUCAAACAUUGGUCGAGGCUGUAAAGGCUGUCGGACGGCAAUGGACACAUAUCCAGCGUAUAUAUUUUGCUGAACGCUCCAAGAACGCUAUUAAGAACCGGUCAGUUUUUGGUCAACAAUUGCCCACCGGGCUUACUGCAGAUGCUUAUAUGAGGGAAAUUUCCAGCUAUACGAUCGUUUCCCGGAAGCUCCGAAGGCAGGCUCAAGGCACACAGGUGAGCGAAGGCACGGCUCCAGAUAGAGGAUCGAACGACGAGGACUCGGACGAUGAUGAUGAUAUGAGCGAAGACGACGUAGAAAGCGACAAGGAUGAGAGUGGACACGCGUCGUCAUCCUCCCCUUAUAACCGGUCUCAAGGCGAGCCUUCCAUUACAGAGAUGCAGAAUGUGCUGUCAGAUUCAUCCUGGAACCAGUUUUAUCCAAUGCUUGGAGGAGCUCAUCCGUCCAUGCACGACGUCGCCCCAGGAUCUUCAUCGAAUCCUUGGGCGUGGGAACCCUCGCUGAGCUCGGCCGCUCUGAUGGACACCAGCUCGGACCCCUUCCCGCACAAUAACGAUUCGACAUUCCUAGAUCUUAUGAUGACGGACUCGGGCAGCCGAUCUACUAGCUCCGACACGCUGGCCUAUCCUUCUACCACCCAACUAGACUGUUCCAUGCCCUGGAAAUGCCCCAGCGAACUUGAGGGGUCCUGCGAGGAUCUGAUCAUCCCUUCUAGCGCAGGCAGGUCUACCAACACAGUAGCUGUGAAGCUAACAUUAGACAACCCUGAUUCUGAAACCAUGCAGUUGCUGAUGAAAAUUGCGAUCGACAAAAAAGCAAGGUUUCUCGUGGAAAGGCAGUGA